AUGUCUGGCCUUUCAGCAAAACAGGAAGAGGCAGUCGCGCAGCUCAGGGAGCUCAUCGGCGGAGCGGACGCGGAUGCGGACGUCGCGACCAACGUGCUUCGUAGCGUCGACUGGGACGUCGAGCGCGCGGCGGAUUUUCUGUUCGGGAAUGCAGGGAGUGCACCUGAGGCGUCUGCGUCGACAUCGGCGUCGGGCUCGUCCUCUUCGGCGGCGAGGGGUGGAGCGCCGCGCAUGGAGGAGUUUGAUAUUGACGAUUCGCAACAGGGCGAGUUCGAGAAUGCGCACCGUGCCCGUGAACAUGAGCACGAGCACGAGCCUGAAUACCCCCCACGACAAAGGAACCCACCGGUCCCGACAGCCCCAAACACCUUCGCCCGGCCCCUCUUGACGCUGCUCACCUUCCCGCUACACGUCCUCUCGAGCAUGUUCAAGUUCAUCUUCACGAUUCUGCGCAUCCCCGUACCGCAGUUCCGCUUCAUGGGGAUGAACCUUGGGCUUAACCUCUCGCUCGGCGGGUACCGUCCGCUGCACUCGCGCGGGGGCGCACCGGGGACGAGCGGCCCCGAGCGCUGGCUGCGCGCGUUGGAGGAAGAGACGGGCGCGGUGGCCGUCAGUCGGCGGGUACAGGCGAAGGGAUCCUCGACGGCUACAGCGGACCCGGGUGCGGGGUCGUCGACGCUGACGUCCCGUGCAGCGGCUGGGUCGAGUACGGGCGCUAAUGGGAUCUGGGAAGAUGGAAGGAAGUAUCUCCCCGAUUUUACGAUUUCUACGUACGAAGAUUUUCUGCGCCGGUGCCAGAACGAGACCAAGAUUGGGUGCAUUGUCCUCGUGAGCGAGGAGCACGACGACGUGCCCGAAUUCAAGCGAUCUACGCUGACGGACCCAGCGUUCGUCAAGGCUCUAUACGACAACGAUAUGCUCGUGUGGGGCGGAGACGUGCGCGACCAUGAGGCCUGGUCCGCAUCCCAAAAGCUACAAGCAACAACCUACCCCUUCGUCGCCUUCGUCGCCCUCCAACCACGGCGCACUGCCGGCGUCUCCUCUUUCACUACUACCGCCUCCUCAUCUACAUCUACAAACCCCUCUACAAACCCACCUACACUCACCGUGCUCUCGCGACACCAAGGCCCGUCCCUGCCGCACACAUCCACGCCGCUCGCCCCCGCUGGACCCACCGCUGCACACACACUCACCCAUCACAUCACGGCGCAGCUCCUCCCGCGCGUCACACCGUACAUCGCUCAGCUCCGCGCGCACGCGCAGUCGCUCGUACGCGAGCGGGAGCUGAGGGCCGAGCAGGAUGCGGCGUUCGCACGCGCCGCGCGGGCAGACAAGGAGCGUAUUGAGAGGCGGGUGAGGGAGGAGAAAGAGAGGGAGGAUGAGGCGCGGCGGCGUGCGGAGACGGAGCGGCGGGAGGUCGAGCGGCAGAAGAGGGAGAAAGAAGAGAGGGUGAGAAAAGAGGAGGAGAGGAUGGUAUGGCGGCGCUGGGCGCGGAGGGUGCUCGUCACUGGGACGGGCACCGACAAGACGAAUGAUGCAGGGGAGAAGCCGUUGCGCGUUGCGAUCCGCUUGCCGAGCGGUGCGCGCGUUGUGCACACUUUCCCCUCUUCCUCCUCAUCGACACUCACAUCCCUCUACGCACUCGUCGACUCGCACCUCAUUCCCCCCACGCAUCCCGCGUCCGAAGACCCCUCUCCACCCAUCUCAAUGGCCACAUCAAAAGAAUCCUUCACCACACUCCUUGAAUCACACAUCGUCCAAGAGCAGGAAUCCGCCUUACCAAGCGACAAAGGACCAGCUGCAGGAUUCUGGCCAUUCCUCAUCGUGGGCGCAUACCCACGAGCUGAGAUCCCCUGGGCACCGCACACACCGCUGAGCGCCGUCGAAGCGCUCAGAGGCGGUGGACAGGUCGUCGUUGAGCUGCUGCGGUCGCCGUCGGAGAAGACGAGGUCGGGGUCUGGGACACCGCGGUCGUCACUGAACGGCGAGCGGGGCACUGUGCAGGGAAAUGGAAGUGCAGGUGCGCAGGUUGAUGAUGAUGAUGAUGACGGAUACGCGACGGAGGAAAGCGAGUAG